CCUGUGGUUGUUGUACGCGCAAGGUGAGACGAGCAGUAUGGCGGUGGAAGAGGGGGAUUUGGAGUCAGGAAGGCUUAAAGAAAGGCUGGAUAGUUUAUUCAACACUGGCGGUAGCGAUGAAAACGUACUGGAAAGCAGCAAGUACUGUUCCAGGUUUUGCGAGCUGGUGAAGGAGCACACUGGACGAUGGCAUGUGCCGCUGCCCCAGCUACAGGUUUUGCGCACAGCCCUAUCCUGCUUCAGCCAGUGCACCGUAUCAUUCCCGUCCGAUUGCGAGACUGUACACUGUGUCCUGAGCAGCUUUGCCCUGAGUUUUUUUGAAUUGCUCCUGUAUUUUGGCAAAGAAGAAUUCCUCAAGGAUCCUUUAAGAGGUAUACUUGACACUUUUCAGGAAUGCCAUUCCCACCUAGUGAGACACAGGAAUGCCUACCUGUUGCUUGUCAGUAAGGUCAUCCAAGGCGGAGGACCAUGGGAGCAUCCUGUCCUACAGGCAAUUUUGAAGGAGUCUCCACAGCCUCAGGAAGAAGUGGACAAGUACUUGAGCUCUGAAUGUCCCAUCUUCUUUGAGCUGCGUGUUCGUUACCUGGUAACCUGUGGCCGUGUCCAGGAGGCUGUUGCCUUGGCUAAAUGCUGUAUAACUCAUCCAGAAGUAGGGAAACACCUCUAUUUCCACCAGGCCUAUCUGACCUGUCUCUGGAAAUCCUCUCAUUAUGACCAUCUGUACAAUGGGAUAGCAAUGAUUGAUGGCAGGGAUGCUGUAGAAAUAAUCUGCAACAGUGAGAAUGAAGAGAAGGAUGACUUGCUUUUGGCGCUUUGCAAAGCCUUCCUCACUCGUCAGCUGCAGACUGGAGAUAUGUACUACUUAUGGGACCUCAUCUUCAUAUGGAGCAAACUUCAUCUCAGGUUAGACUCUUCCAAGCAGAACUUCCUGGGAGAAUGCCAUGAGCUGAUGAUGAAUGCAACCAAUGUGAGGUCCAUCUUUCCAUUCAUAAAAAUCAUCAGAGCUGAGCUGGGGAGUGAAGGCUUGGAGUUCUGUGUGGAGCUUUGUGCUCGGGCUCUUCAGAUGGAUCUUUGGCAUGACCCUGUCACAGCAUCUCUCAUUUACAAAACCAUUGCCUACCUGCUGCCCACUGACCUGGAGAUCUGCCGGGCUUGUGCUCUUCUAGUUUUCUUCCAGGAGCGGACGGUGGAAUCCUACAAGAUGGCAUACCUUCUGUAUCUACAUCCUGACCAGGAAUAUCACGUGGACUGUAGUGUAAUAAAAAAUCACAUGCGCUUUGAACUCCUCCAGAUCUUGAAAAAGGGAUUGUAUUUUGAUCCUGAAUUUUGGAACCUUAUCACCCUUAGGAAAAACUGCUUGAAGCUGAUGAAUGAGAAGGUGAUGAAAGCUGCUUUGACAGAAAUCAUGGAGGAAGACAAGUGGAUACCAAAAUUUUAUGGAAAAGAGCCAUAUAAACUGCAUUAUGACACUUCAGAGAUAUACAUGAAGAAAGUGGAGCGGUCUGUGAAUUGCAGACGUAAAACUCUAACUAAACGCAUUGUUGUGCCACCAGACGUAACUGUGGUGUCCCACGUGAAGAAAAGGGGUAGGAAACCUGGAUCACGUGUCAUUAGAGUGGUAGAUGACUCCCAGUUCAGGCAGUCUGAGAGACCAUGUGAUGUGGCUCAGGAGAAAACUGUACAUUUCUACAACAGCAGGGAUCUUCCUGAACUGGUAAAAAAUGACAGAAAUGCACUAAAACGGCGUGGUAGAAAACCACGAUGGCUCCUGCAACAGGCUGCUGUGGAAGCAGAAAAGAGAAGCCCUAAGCAGCCUGAAUGCCUUGAUGACAAAACCCUUUUACUUGCAAUGGACUUCAAGAAACCUGAAUGUACCACAUCUGAGAUGGGAGAAGAAAUGGAGAAGGCAUCAAAAAGUUCCCUGGAGCAAGCAGAGAACAGUAAGUCCAUUCAUCCUACAGUAAGAGGGAUCAUAAGAGAACCGGACUGCUUUCAUGAGGAAACAUCAAGUGCUGUUUCUCAAGUCCAGAAUACAGUGCUACAGAUCUCUCUUCCAGAUAAAGAAGUGACUAAUACUGUAUCCUCAGCGCAAAACAUGGAAGCUGUAACACUUUCAACCACCUCUUCACAACAUGUCAUUCUGGAGGACACUCCAAGAGCACAAAAAUUGCCCACAGAAGCAGCAAAUUUCAAAAAUGUUCAGGAGUCUAGUGAGAUGGAAGUUGACCAUGCCACACAGUCGGGUGUAAACUUGGAGUUUUCUUUGCCGUUGUCUGUGGAAAAAGCAAAGAUCUGUGAAGAAUCGGCCAUUGAGAUGGACAUUGCGAUCAUACAGCAGUUCCACAACUAUUGUAAAGUUCCGAAGGCUGAUGUUGAAGAUGUUCUAGUCACUGUGUCAGAAGAAUUAAUCUCUGUUGUGCCACUGGAAAGUUCAGGUACCACCGAGUCUGUGCAGGAAGUGUCAGGGGAGGUUUCUGAAAGUUCUUUGCUGGAAAAAGAAAAGUCCCCCCACCAUGCCCUGGUAGAAGUUGGGAUAGGUUCACCCAGGGAAUUUGGUCUUGUAAAACCAGAAUGUCUAGCUACGGUGGUUGUAGAGGAAGCUAAAAUGGUUGAAAACAAGAUUUUGCAGUGUAAAAAAACCUCUGAAACCCUGGUACAGGAGAUUAUCCCUGACAGUACAGCUCAUAAUGCUCAUGUCACAAUAUGUAGCCUUGAUGAGGUGAAGAAAAGUUCUGAAACCCAUACAGAAGUUCUUCAGAAUACAGACAGGGCUUCUGAUAAUAUUUUAAGCCACCCAGAGAACAUUCCCCAUGUUUCUAGAAAAAAUCAUCUCUUUAAUAACUCAGACAAUCCUGAUGACACAGUUCUUGUCCUUAGUAGAACCGACUCUGUUUCUAAAACUGUAUUACAGGCAUCAUCACCAUCUAUGCCUGAGCAUGAUGUUAGGAACUCAGUCAGUUUUCAGGAUGACACAGCUGUUGCCCCUAGCAGCACUGACUCAGUUGCUGACUUUCUGUCACAGGCUUCAUCUCCUACACCUGAGCAAGCAGAUGGCAACUUGGCCAGUAUUCAUGAUGGCACAGCUGUUGCCCAGAGUAACGCUGUUGCCCAGAGUAACGCUGACGCUGUGCCACAUACGUCAUGUUCUACACCUGAGCAUGAUGUUGAGACCUCGGUCAGUAUUCCCAAUGACUCAACUGUUGUCUGCAAUAGCACUCAUUCUCUGACACAGGCUACCUCUUCCUUUAUACCUGAGCAAGUAGUUGGGGCCCGAGUCAAUAUUCCUGAUGACUCGGCUGUUAUGCCUAGCAGCACUGACUCACUUGCUGACUCUGUGACACAGGCUCCAUCUUCUACACAUGAGCAUGCAGCUACGAUCUUGGUCAGUUUUGCUGAUGACACAACUGCCAUUGGUUGCACUGACACUGCAUCACAGCCAUCCUCCUCUCCUUCACCUGAAGUAGUUAUGCUGCCUUCAGCUUUAUCAAAACCUGACAAAACGGCUUCAGAUACACCCUUGGAAGCUGCAUUACCUAGUGCCCUACCAAAAACUGAAAACCCUCUCCUAACUCAUCGCUGUAGGCUGUGUAAUGAAGAGCUAAGGGGUGGGAACAUCAUGCGACAUGCAGUUGCUCACCUUCAAAAGGACAAGCUGAAAUGUAUAUUUUGUGGAAUGCUGUUUAACCGUCGUCUUAUUGCGAAAAGGCACGUGGUUGAACACAUUGAUAAACUGAAGAUUUCUUCCAACAAUGUAAGAUCUGUAGAAAAAAGAACUACUGAGUCUGUGAGAUGUAUGACACAAUCAUUACCUCCAAAAGGAAAGCACAAAAAUAAAUCUGCAACGGGUAUGCAGCUGAGGGCUUCUUCACGCAAAAGGAAGUGCCAUCAUGAGCCGCAAUACUUCAACACAACAAAAAGUUCCAGUCCUGAGAAAGCAGGAAGGCUUUUGCGAAACGGGUCUGUGAGCAGGAGGGUUAGCAGAAGGGAAGCAUACUGCUGUCCUGCAGACGGGUGUGGUCGAACCUUUCUCAGGAAGGGGUUGUUGGUGAUAAGACAUGCAAUGAAGUCUCACCCACGUGAUAUUAAAGUGCAGGAGUAUGCUUUCCAGUGGAGAAAGGGAAAGUGCGAAUUUUGCCAAAGACAAUUUAAGAGUUUACAGCAUUAUCAAGACCAUGCCAAAAUGCAUGAGCAUUCUCUUAAACAUGUCUGCUGUCAUCAUGACUGUAAAGACCGGUUCAAGACAAACGGUGAACUCAGGGAUCACAUGAAGAGCCACCAGCCACUUCAGGUGCAGUGCGGCUUUGCUGGCUGCUUUCAACGCUUCCGUCAACUCUCCAGACUGCAUAGUCAUGAACAGAAGCAUUAUGUCCCUCCAGAAACAAAGAACAAGUCUUCAAAAACACCCCCUGGUAAAAACAGUGUUCGGAAUGAAGGCAAGCAGAAACGUUUUCAAGAUCCACGUAAGCCUGGCCACAGUACUCGUAAAGGACCUACAAUGGCAAAAACUGAUGGCAAAACUGACACAGAAAACACUGCAGAAGUAAAGCAUAAAAAAGCAGGAGAUGCAUCUCUGCCAAAAAGCAUGAUCUGUGGCACCUCUGUGGGGCAGCUGGCAAACGGACAUGCCACCCAUGAACAUGUGGUCCCUGCUGCCCGGAUAGAGGCUAAGGCUGGAAACUCCCAAGAAUGCAACCAAGAGACUAGAGAGAGACAUAAAAUUAAACCAGAAAUUAAUGAAGGACCUCAGGAGCACCCCACCCAGGGAGAGAAAAGGGUUAAGUCUGAAGAUCAGAGUCCCUAUGGACGCAUGUCCAACAAGCCGUUUGUGCGACCCCCACCCACUGCCUACCUUGAUGAGAAGUUCAUCAGCAUGCCGAAGCGCAGCAAGUCCUUGGCAGAUCUCUCCUCUUCUCAAGAGCACAACAUCUGUAGAGAUGUCUCUCAGAGACAGCGGUGCCCCAAGUGCUUCUCUUCCUUCCUCAGUGCUGAAGCCCUGCAGAGCCACCUCUCCUCUGACAAGUGCACCUCGCUCUUUGGUUUUGAUUCGGAUGAAGAAAGUGCCUGUUGAAUAGGAGCAUGUCCAGGAUCUAAUGCGGUGGGGAGAGCUCCAUGGCCAGCGGAGUAAAACGCUGAGAACUGUGGGGAGUUUAAAAAAAACCUUUUUAAACCACUGCUUCAGAGAGGUGCUCCAGCUGUUGUCUCCCCCCCCAGCUGUCAUGUGAACUGGACAUCGUUGUCCCUUCUGAGGAGAAAUGUCGAUCAGCCUUGGAGUGCUUAUUUCAGAGCCAAAUGGAAGGCACAAAUGUCUGUGACAUUUAACCCCCCGACUAAAUUUUUUUUUCCCUCCUAAGAAGUGCCUGAUCAUACAUACUCAGCUUUGUGCAGAAUUUUAUUUUAAGUGGUUUUAGAACCUGGUCUAACAGUACAAAUGAAAUUUUGUCUUAAUUUAAAAUGACCCCAUGAAAUAUGCCAUUAGCGUUGGGGAUUUGUUUCCUUAAGGUGAUUCCAAUUUUUAAGCCCUUUUGAAAAAGGACUUUGUUCAUUUUCCACUAUGAAUGCAAAGGCUUUUUGUGUUUUAGUUCUGUGUACUAAACUACAUCUGUUUGGUAACUAUGAGGAAUUGUACUGGACAUCUCAUUGCACCGAUGGCCUUGUAAUUUCCCUUUUGUCUUGCAUAGCUGCAAAAGAUGUUGUAUAUUACUAAUUAUGGACUGGACAACUGAGAUACUUUUUGCUGAAGAAGCAGUGAUGAGACCAGAGGUUUGAUCAAACAGUAUUCUAUUUUCUCUUUGGUACAGAAGCUUUUUUUGAAAGGAAGUAGAGUUCAGUGGGUCUAGAUAAGAAACAUUGUUUUACCUUUUCCAUUCAAAGAGAACCAUGCACAGAAUUCUUUCUAAAUUUCUGUAAAAAGUGGAUAUAAUGUAUGCUAAAGUUGUACAGUUAUAUUUCGUUUUGCGGAAGGGCAAGGACAGGUUUAUUUAUUUACAUUUAUAUCUUCUGUACAUUUCAGAUUUUUGAAU